AUGUCGUACGAUCUUUCAUGGUCCGUUCUGACGAACGAGGACGCCCGUGGCCUGCAAGAGUACGGCCUGUUGGAUCUGAAUUAUGAGAUCGGAUACCUGGAACUGCACAAAGGCUGUUUCCUCAGGCACGAUGACAUCUCAGAUGCCCUCCGCGAAUCCCCACCGAAGCCGUCCGAUAUGCUAAAGAUACCAAUAACUCUCUAUUCACGCAAAGCCCUUAUUUGGCUUGGUUUCAGUGACGAGAUGGCCGACCAGCUGUGGCGACAAUGGCUCGAACUGUACAAACCCAAACACUUCCGAGCCGCCUCCACAUUCCGCGACACCAUUCUGACCUAUUUUCGUCUUCCCGACGUUGCCGGUACAAGCCCAACUCUCGACACAUUCACCGACGAUGAUAACGAAUGGAGGCAAGUCCUUCACGCCCACGGUCUCUCCCAACAAUUUGUGGACAUGAUCAUGGACCCUCGUUUCCGCGAACGACGACUAACCGAAUCCUGCAAGUACUGGAUUGAAGACACCCUGCGACAGCGUUGGGACUUGUUGAUAAAACAGCAACGCGAACGGAAAAUCGACGACCACAUCUCACUCGGUGUGCACACUGGCCGCCCAGACGAAGGCCAAGAGAAAGACGAAGACGAAGACGAGGUGCCUGAUGACACCGCAAAGAACCUUCGCUGCGAAGGACCAGUUUUCGAAACUACAUUUCUCGCAGGGUUCCGAGGACCGCCGGAUGCUCCUCCUUGCGCCUGCUAUGUUCGCAAAGACAGCAAAAGCCGCACAAAACAUGAUCACUUGAUACUGUACAAAGUCGUGACCGGUACGCAGCUCAAGGACACUAGAAUAUCUAGCCCUGGUAAUAUCGGCCCUGUGGGGUUGUCCAACAUCGAGAGCUUAGUAGAGGUGUCCAGGGAGCCGGAGCGGGAACCAUUUCUCUACAACAACACCACCGGCGACGACGACACCAGAAACAGAGCGGCUUCCGUGGGCGAGCUGAGAAGAAGAGCACAUACUCGUCAGGUCUUCACAAUCGUCCGUCUGACUAGCGGGCGGACGAGUACCAGAGGAGGCCUCAUCUUUUUCACCUCUGACCGCGAGCUUGCGCUGGCUGAGUACAAGUGGGCUGUGCACCGACUCGACAAGUCCGUUGGGGCCGGUGGUGGCGCAGCCAAAUUCGCAGGUGGUGCAGACGUGCAGAUGCUGGAGGUCCGCAUCCCCAUGUUCAGAAUCGACGAACUCCUUCCUCACCGUAUCCUCCGCAUCCAGUACCCGUCCACGGCGGAGACGGCGUACGGCCUGUGGAAGGAGAUACUUGUCUUGUCGAGGUUGAACUACCUACUCGGUUCGAAAUCUGGGUGCACCUCGUUUCCUUCGUGGAAGUGGGAGUCGGAUCAAGAAACAAGGCGAAUCGCAGAACCAACGCUACGUGGUAUCAGCAAGGGUGAGUGGGAUGUGCUUGUUUGUCCCGCUGUAAACAGGAGGGCUCUCUGGAAUCUCGCCUUCACGAUGAUGGCCACGGCCGCAGAGGAAGGUCCAGCCACCUCUACCAAGCCAACGACAACGACAACGACAACGACAACGACAACGACAACGACAACCAACAAAGACAUACCCACAUCAUCAUCGUCAUCAUCAUCUGUACCGUCCGGUGCCGUCAAUGCUAACCACGGCACCGCGCCGGAUCCGAAGUACUUUAUCCACACAGGUGAUCCCUUUUUUGUGAAGCCAGUAGAUGAGUGGGUGGUGAACACGUCGAGGGGCGAGGGGGAGGACUGGUUUAAGCUGUGUACGUGUUGGUUUGGUACUUACAAGGUAGUUUAGUUUUGGAGGAAAUAACCUAAAGACGUGAACGGACAAGGGAAAUAAACCAACCAGAAGACGGGGGAAUAGAUGAAAAAAAACAUGAAAAAAGGACAGCAGACGCGGAAGCGGAAG